AUCUAUGCGUCAUUCAAUUUUCUACAAGCAGUUGUUUAGGAAUGGAUUUCUCCUCACGAAAGUCAAGGCCAAUUUUCUCAUAGCCCCAUCCUUUGCUUGGGAAUGUUUGCUUUUCAAAAUUUCGAUAGGCAUCGGGUAAAAUUUUGGAAACCAUUUACGCAUAUUCAAUUUUAGUUUUAAAAGUUUACCCAAUAGAAAAGCGUAAUUAUCCCGAUUUAUGUUUGCCAAUCUAGACCACCACUACCUUCAAAAGCUCGAGUCCAUCGUAGUUCAUCGCGCAAUCCCGUACUCCAAUCCAAUUCACCGUAUUUGGAAUUGAGAGUACCCCACCUCAUUUCGAAACCAUUAUGUCUUUUUUCUCUUCCAAGUUUAGUUAAAUAUAGCCCCGUACCGGCCAUAGAUAGCAGAUGGAUCACGUUGCCUGGAAGUUCGGCUAUUCAGGAAACCCGUCGUUUUGCGCGUCUUUCAGAAAUCAACAGGUCAUGUCCUUGAAAAGAUUAUUGAUCUGAUCGCAUAUCUUGUGUAACUUAACUGGUAGGAGUUGCACUUUCCACUCAAACACGUUAUGGCCUAGUGAAACGCUCGAGCCACACUUUCCUUUAAAAACAAGUAACAAUUCAUUUUAAAACUUGUUGUGCCAUAUUCAAUUUGAAAUCGAGUUACUACUUUCUGGUGAAACAGGUAAGCAUCAACUAUUUUUUUCAUUAAUCAAGUUUUGAAAGAUAAAUCGACUAGCAAGUGCAAAAAGGAGCUGGCGUGUAAGAGCAGAUAGAAAUAAUCGACAUCUGGAUAGCCAGUUUUCCCUCCUCGCACAUUAACUUCACUUUCGAAACCAGAUUCAAACAAACGUUCAUUGGCUACCUUGGUCGGCUUGCGUAAACGCAAAUUGUGUAAGAGUCUUUCUUUAGAGCAAAGUUCCAGGCCAAUAUUGUCGUUUUAGCCAUCGGAGACGUGACACCUGUUUCCCUUUACUGCCAUGGAACAGUUGAAUAAAUGGCGGAGACCACUUUUGCUAGCCAGCAUUUUGUUUCUCGUUUCCAUCGUUUGCGAACAAACGUUAACUGAACAUUGGCGACAGUUUUGUUUCGCAUCCAGUAUGGCUUUAGAUUCGUUAUGGAAAAGGAUUCUCAAACUAUUUGGAGAUAACGACUACUAUUUAUAUGUUUGGGGUUGUAUACUCGUCAGUCAAAUUCCAUUUUGGACUAUCGGGGGCACCUUCAUCUUCAUUGACUGCUACAACUGGCCUAAAUGGCUUCGCAAAUACAAGGUCCAGCCAGGCACCAACGAACCUCUAAACCUGUACAGACUCGUUGAGACUAUUAAAGUGGUGAUGAUCAACCAGUGGUUUAUUUCGAAUCCACUUUUCUUCAUCAGCUACUAUGUCAAGAAGUUAACCAACACAAUGCCAGAUAUGUACGAUUUUCCAUCGUUCCAGCGCAUUUUGGUUGAAUUUCUCAUUGUAAUGGUUAUAGACGAAAUCGCACUCUAUUACUUGCACAGACUGAUGCAUCAUCCGAAAUUGUACGCCAGAGUGCACAAGAAACACCAUGAAUGGCCAGCACCUGUCGCCAUAGUUUUUGCCUACAGCACCAAAACGGAAUAUUUUCUCAACACGAUUCCAAUCGGAUUGGGUCCUGUUUUAAUUAACCCUCACCUAGUUACCUUAUGGAUGUGGUACGUUUUCGUCCACGUGAGGGGACUUUACAAUCAUACUGGCUACCAAUUGCCGUGGUUUCCGUCUUCACAGCAUCACGAUUAUCACCACAUGGCGAGUAAUGCAUGUUACGGUCGAACACUAGCUAUUGAUUGGCUUAUCGGGACGGACAAGGGUUUUCGCGCUUACGUGGCCCGCAAAAAAGCCCUUUUGCAAAAGGGUACCGAGAAAACUGUUAGCAAGACGGAAUGAAAGUUUUGAAUGAAACACGAAGUCGUGAUUGAUAUAACGAAACAAAAUUGCCAGUAUUUAUUCAAAUAUGUUGUCAAAAUGGAAAAAAAGCCCAAUCUGAAUCAUGAAAAAUUACAAGAUGAAGACCUUUCAA